CCCUAUUUAGAGUUUCACAACAACAAUUUGUCAAACUAUCAGCUGACUUGGUUUUUUUUGGAAAAAGUAAAAAAGAAAAAUUUAUCAGCCACAAAGAAAACAACAAAAAUUAAAUAAACACAAAUAUACAUCCAUCUAUCCUCCGUUUUAAUUUAAAACCCAUGUCGUUAUGAGUGAUUGCUGUAAUAGUGAAUUACGCAGCGAAUCCAUAAACAACAUGCUGAAUGUCAUUGUAGAUUCCAAAAUUAUAAGUAUUGAAGUAUUUACGGCAGCUGUGGCGAUACUCUUUGUGGUGGUCCUACUGAAAAACAAAUUUCGUAACUUUUGCGGAACAUGAAUUCCAAAGGUGCAUUUUUAAUAGUGGAACGGUGAGCAAUUGGACAGCAAGGAAUCAUUUUGGGACAGGUGUAUUAUGGAGGCUUAAGAAUUUAACAUACAUAUAGUAUAUACAACAUACAUACACAUACAAAAUACUAUAAAUUUUUUGUAAAUAUAUAAAUGACUCAACGGCCAAAA